GCCAGCGGAGGAGUGGAUGGCCUCUGUAAUAAAAAUACAUGAAGAGAAUUGAGGAAAAGGAGAAGAUUGGCCGGGGGGAAGAGUGAGAGCGAGAGAGAGAGAGAGAGAGAGAGGGGAGGAAAAAAAAAAGCACACAACACGGCGUUUAUAUCUUUCUUCUCAUCCCGUUCCGGAGCCAUGGACGUGUGAACGCCUUUUAAGACGAGCUGGGAUAUAUUUUCGCCGCGGCGUCGAGAGCUCCGGCGGAGAGGCGAUGUUAUGUGUGGCUUUCUUGCUUUUUUGAGCAGACAGAGAGAGAUAACUGUACUGUAUCCCAGCCUAGCGGACUGGAGUGAAAGUCCGCCAUAUUCUGCCUUACCACGCCCGGGAGUCGAGCCAUUGGAAAAUAAACCGACAGCUUUAUUCAUGUGUUUUCCCCGUUGCCCUCGUCCGCGACGGUAACGCGAACACACUGGAUUUUGCCGAUUGAAAAAAUAAAUAAAUAAAUAAAAAAUAAAUAACAACAUUGAAGACUUUGAAAGGAGGGUGACCGGGCACGGAUGGCAACGCUUAACGAGAUCACACAGAGCUGUACGGAGGAUGUGUCUUAAAAGGAUCUGUUGAUCAUAUUGAGAAGGAAAAGCAGAUUACACCAAUUAAGAUUGCACAGAUAUACAACUCAGACCGCUUUGGACACUAUUUUGAAGCUGUCGGGAGGCCCCAGAAGGCGAAACCGAAACGGGGGGAGGGGGGGUCAAUAAUUUCUCAAACAUCUAAUUUUCCUUUCCACCACAAUCUGUGCGCUGUUCAGGCUCAUUAUAAGGGCGUCCACGCGUUAUUUCACCACAAGUAGGCCUGUAUGAGGACGUUAUUUGGCAUUCACAGGCCUCUGUGUUUUGUUUUUGUUUUUUGUUUGUUUUUUUAAAACCCAGACGAAUCUGAUAUCUGGAUGAAUCGGUAAGAGGAAAAGGCGGAAAAGUGCGCGUUUAAAUAAAUAAAAAAUAUUUUUUUUAAAAGAAAGGAGGAGAGAAUGACCCUGGAAUCCAUAAUGGCGUGUUGCCUCAGCGAGGAGGCGAAAGAAGCCAGGCGGAUCAACGACGAGAUCGAAAGGCAGCUCCGCCGGGAUAAGAGGGACGCACGCCGGGAACUGAAACUGUUGCUUCUCGGCACUGGGGAGAGUGGGAAGAGCACGUUCAUCAAACAGAUGAGGAUUAUCCACGGCGCCGGUUACUCUGAUGAGGACAAAAGGGGUUUCACCAAACUGGUCUAUCAGAACAUCUUCACGGCCAUGCAGGCCAUGAUCCGAGCCAUGGAGACACUCAAGAUCCCUUACAAAUACGAGCACAACAAGGGCAACGCCAACAUUGUGAGAGAGGUGGACGUAGAAAAGGUCACCAUGUUCGAGAAUCCUUACGUAGAUGCAAUCAAGAGCUUAUGGAAUGACCCGGGCAUCCAGGAGUGUUACGAUCGAAGGAGGGAAUACCAGCUCUCAGACUCCACUAAAUAUUACCUGAACGCGUUGGACCGAAUCGCCGAGCCGUCCUACCUUCCCACCCAGCAGGAUGUGUUGAGGGUUCGAGUCCCAACCACAGGCAUCAUUGAAUACCCCUUUGAUCUGCAGAGCGUCAUAUUCAGGAUGGUGGAUGUCGGCGGUCAGAGGUCGGAGAGGAGGAAGUGGAUCCACUGCUUUGAGAACGUCACAUCCAUCAUGUUCCUGGUAGCGCUCAGCGAGUACGACCAAGUUUUGGUGGAAUCAGACAAUGAGAACCGGAUGGAGGAGAGUAAAGCUCUGUUUAGGACAAUAAUCACGUACCCCUGGUUCCAGAACUCCUCAGUCAUUCUGUUCCUCAACAAGAAGGACCUGUUGGAGGAGAAGAUCAUGUACUCUCACCUGGUCGACUACUUCCCAGAGUAUGAUGGUCCGCAGAGAGACGCCCAAGCAGGGCGAGAGUUUAUCCUCAAGAUGUUUGUGGACCUGAAUCCAGACAGCGAUAAGAUCAUCUACUCUCACUUCACCUGUGCCACUGACACAGAGAACAUCCGUUUUGUCUUUGCGGCCGUCAAAGACACCAUCCUGCAGCUCAACCUAAAGGAGUACAACCUGGUGUAGAGCAGAGCAGGGCUGCCAACUGGAGGCCCUCAACACACACUGACUGACGCAAUCUGUGAAAAGAUAGAUCAUAUACACACACGGAAAAAAAAAUCUGAGAAAAAAAAUCUAAUGGUUGCAUAAUACUAAUUUAUUUGCCAUUUGUUGAUCUCUUGGUCCCCAAGGGGUGAACAAAGUAAAUGUUCUCUUGCUAUUUAAGGAGUUGAUGAAAUAUAGAGCGUGGGGGCAGGAUAUGUGGCAGGGUUGGGGAGGGAUUUGCUGUUGAAUAUGUACAGCAACAAUCCUCAUUUUUAGGCUUUACGCAUUGUGAAGUUUUUUUUUGUUUAUUUUGUUUUUUUUUUGACAGAAAGAAAGAAACUACUUUGUGCACUGGAGGUGUGGGGGCUUGUUUUGUCUGUCACUCUGAUACAUCAGAGCUGGAAUGAAUGCAAUGUGCUCCCUCCCUCCCUGCCUUUUUAUAAACAAGAAGAAAACAAAAAAAGGGUUUCAUUCCUUUUUUCUUACCCUCCCUCCUUACCUGUCAGUCCAUUAUGAAGUUUCGUCAUGGGCGUUCACCUGUUUGCCCAACAGGAAAUGAUGUAAGAGAUUUCUAAUUAACAGCUUCCUUUUUCCUUCAAUGGACUGAUUGGCAAGUCUUUUGAUGAGUUGGCAUAAACUGUGAUUUUUAAAUUAUUUCAUAUUGAUUGACUUUAAUCAUCAUUAUUAUUGCAUUGCAUUGACUUUGGUAUCUUUGGCUCUCCACCAUCGGCAUAACCGUGAAGUUCAGAGGCGUGAGACAAAUUGGCUUUAAAAAUGCUUUUCUAAGCUUUGAGCGACAAGGCGAGGAGGCACACGGGGACCGCCGCUCUGUCAUGUCAUGGCGGAUCAUGAUGGCAGCGGUCGCUUUACACAGACUGAAGGAAGCUGAGGAGGUAAUAAUUUAUGAAACAGUGUCGUUAAAUGAUUAUGUUCAACUGUGCCACAUUAACGCUUUUUAUUAUGGUAAUAUGUAUAUUUAUUGCCAAUGCCAAAACAACUUGAGCACCAGACUCCACUUUGCGCUGUUUACUACUUUAUAAUGGAAUGAAAAGUGUUGAAAGAACAGAGCUAAUUAAAACCGAAGGAGCAGACUGACUGACUUUACUGAUGGACUUAUUGAUCAACCAACUGAUUCUUGCAGUUUUUGAAGUAUUCAGCAAAGUUAAUGGUAUCCCCCACCCCAACACACAAACACUCAAAGACCCCCAUAGCUUGGACUGACUUAGGCUACAGUUAGUUAAAGCUGUUUAGUUAAAGAAGAGGCAGCCACCCAGCGCGUUGAACUGCUCAAACUGUCGAAUCACAGCCUCACACGUGGCUCCAAACCCCUCCCCGCAGUCACAUUUUAGCUGUGUCCUUAUAUUCGUCCAAUCACAGCCCGGCUGUCCUGACUGUUGUAGUUCAGUAGCAGUGGAGAAUAAAUUUGGCCAAUUCCUGUGUGAUAGGGCAGAGUGUUGACAUUCAGUUUGUACCAAAGUAAGCCCUUCUUGUUUCUGAUUGGCACCUCUGAUUUGCAAUCCCUCAUUCCCAGGUUACUUUGAGUAUUUUUUUUUUGUACCAAUUCCCUAGAACAUAAGCCUGUAAUUUACAUUUAUUGAGGCAUAGUGCAAUUAUGAAUGCUAUAAUCAUUGUACAUACAUCUCUCUAUAUAUAUGGCAGCAUCUUUGUUGGCUUUGUAAUCAUUACUUUUUUUGGCAGAUUGAAUGUGCGGUAUUGAAAAUAUGUAUCUAUGUAAUUGUAUUGUAUGUCUAAUGGAUAAUUCAUUUUUGGAAGAAAAAAUAUGUUAUUUACA